UAGCGCAUCCAAUGAAUGGUCUGGAUGGCCUGCAGCCCAGCCUUCUCCCAGCAAGGGAAAACCUCUGACCUCGCGCAGGUGCGCCGUCGCAGCGGGAACGAUGCUCCGCCGCGUCCCUCCCUCCCUCCGCCGCCCCCUCCUCUCCUCGGCCUCCACAACCCCCGGCAGGGCACAAAUCCCAAACCCUAGCCACUCGCCUUCCCACGCCAUCCUCCCCCAAUGGCGCCGCUGUGCCUCCUCCUCGCCCCUGCCCCCGCCUCCUCCUUCUCCAUCUCCACCUAAGGGUCCAUCGCGAUCGGGCGGAGGGCCUACUGUCUCGUCGCUGAACCCCACCGAGGUCGCCAAGUUUGCCGCCAUCGCCGAGACCUGGUGGGAUUUUGAUGGUCCAUUCAAACCUUUGCAUUUGAUGAAUCCCAUCCGGAUAUCUUUUAUCCGCUCCACUCUCUGUAGACAUUUCAGGAGGGAUCCAUAUUCAUCUAUGCCACUUGAAGGUCUCAAAGUUAUCGAUGUUGGAUGUGGAGGUGGCAUUCUGUCAGAGCCUCUUGCUCGCAUGGGAGCUACAGUUACUGCAAUUGAUGCCGUUGACAAGAAUAUAAAGAUCGCAAGUAUUCAUGCUGCAUCUGAUCCAACGACCGCUUCCAUUGAAUAUUGCUGCACAACAGCUGAGAAAUUGGUAAAAGAGAAAAGGCAGUUUGAUGCUGUAAUUUCUCUUGAGGUGAUUGAGCACGUCGCUAAUCCUUUGGAGUUCUGCGAAUCUCUCUCGGCUUUGACAGUUCCCAAUGGUGCCACUGUGGUUUCAACAAUCAAUCGGUCAAUGAGAGCAUACGCCACUGCGAUAGUUGCUGCUGAGUAUAUCCUCAAUUGGCUUCCUAAAGGCACACAUGAGUGGUCCAAAUUAGUUACCCCCGAGGAGCUUGUUCUAAUGCUGCAAAAGGCUUCUAUCUCCGUUCAAGAGAUGGCAGGGUUCGUUUAUAACCCACUGAGGGGAGAGUGGUCCCUAUCAGAUGAUAUUAGUGUAAACUAUAUUGCUUUUGGCAUCAAGAAAAGCGAAACAACCUCAACAGUUACACAGAAACAAGGUUAGCAGCUUAGCGUUGUGGUAGCUGGAGAAAAAGAAUUGACCUUGCAUUGUCAAUGCAGAUUUCUGGGAAGCCAAACUUAUCACUUGAAUAUUAAUACAACCAAAUAGCGAAGGAGAAAUUUUCCCUACCCUUUUUUUUGUUUGCCUCGGAGACGGGGCAUGGAGUUGUAUUGCGUGCAAGUCCCAUUGAGAAGUUGAUGAGAGAGAACUGCUAUUCUGCUAACAGGUAGAACUAGUUCCUUUUUUUCUUUGAUUGCAAUAUAAGGAUGAUCCAGGCAGUUUUCUCAAAUUUGUGGCAGUUCUUGUUCUAAACAAAGUACUUAUGUACCAUAGAAUUGAACACGUUUCUGGUCUCUGAACACAGCUGAUGCCCUAGUGGUCGCUCGGCAACACGAUCGCAUUCUUAUUGAUAAAUAACCGUGAUUUGUGAUUCGUGCUUAAGCUGGAUGUUGUUGCUAAAGAAAU